GCCAAUGACGCGAAUGUACAGGGACGAAGCACUGAUAUAUCACCGUGGAUGUCCAGUAUCUCAUAUGGACGCUGAAGAAAGAUCAAGGUCUUUCCCAGAUCAAUGUGAGACAGGUCUUACAUCAUGCCUGUCGAUAAAUCAUGGCCAGGUUACGCCAAAGGCAAAACACCUGACCUAGGUAUCACUUGGGCAUGGCAGGAUGCAACACCGCCAGAUGAACCAAAUCGCGACCCAGCCGUCGUUUAUAUACCACUUGGCUACGAGAAAAAGACGUUGCCUCGUGGAUGGCAAAAGACACCAGACAACAAACCUCUCGACCUGGACAUCGUAUUCGAAAAGGAUGUCGAGAUCGUCCUCAGAGAUGGCGUCAAGAUCUAUGCUGACAUCUAUCGCCCAGCAGACACAGGCGGCAAGAAAGUCCCCAUCAUCGUUCCUUACUCGCCCUACGGCAAAGGGGGCGGAGGCGCAAAUCUGAUGGAUGUCGUUCCUUAUCGUGUGGGCGUGCCCAAGAGCAGACAGAGCGGACUAGAAAAGUUUGAAGGUCCGGACCCCAACGAGUGGUGUGCGCGCGGUUAUGCGAUUCUCGAUCCCAAUGCACGAGGAUCCUUCGACUCCGAGGGUGAUCUAUACUUCUUUGGGCCCAAGGACGGCGAGGACUGUUACGACAUAAUCGAGUACGGUGCUCAACUCGACUGGUGCAAUGGCGCGGUAGGCAUGGCCGGCAACUCCUGGUUGGGGAUUUCUCAGUACUGGGCGGCCAUGCAACAACCGCCGCACCUCAAGGCAAUUGCUCCUUGGGAAGGAUACAGCGACCUCUAUCGCGACAUGAUGCGAAGAGGUGGUAUCCCAUGGGCGCCUUUCCUGAAGUGGGUGCUUCUAGGUGUUCCCGGCCGUGGAAGACAGGAGGACGUGCCAACGAUGGCCUUCCAGCACGAGUUUUUCGACAAGUAUUGGGAAAACAAGCGUGUCGACUUCUCCAGGAUCAAGGUGCCGUCCUACAUCCUCGGCUCCUAUUCAUCGAUGCUCCACACCGUGGGCGCCGUGCGCGCCUGGCAAGGCAUCGACAGUGAGAACAAAUGGCUCCGCUUCCACCCUCACCAGGAGUGGUAUGAAGACUACUUCCACCGAUCCGUCGAAGAUCUCGACAGGUUCUUUGCCCGAUAUUUGAAGGGAGAGGAAAAUGAUUGGGAAUUGACACCCAAGGUCCGAGUUUCUCUGUACCGCUAUGGAGACCGGUAUCCUGUCUACGAUCAAAUCGAGGCAGACUACCCAAUACCGCGCACCCAGUACACCAAGCUCUUCCUUACUCCGUCCAGAACCCUGGACACGGCUCCUGCUCCGAACGUAUCCGGAGACGAAAUCCACUCUUACGAUUCGACGACCCGCGACAUGCUCACCUACGACUACACAUUCUCCGAGAAGACCACGCUUGCCGGCUUCUCGAAGCUCCGGAUCUUCGUGUCCUGCCUCGAGCACGAUGAUCUGGAUAUCUACGUGAUGCUGCGAAAGCUCUCCGUCGAAAGCGAGCUGAUGGAACAAUCCAAUGUUCCGCUUCACGAGCUGCCAGCCGAGGUCAAGUCGGUCAAGGACGUCAAGAACGUCAAUCCAGUCAAAUACCAUGGUCCAGCCGGUAUCUUGCGCGCGUCACAUCGUGAGAUUGACCCGGAAAAGUCCACUGAGUACUGGCCAUACCAUCCGCACCUGAAGACAGAUUUUGUCCGUCCGCCCGGCAAGGUGGUCGAGAUGAACAUCGGGAUAUGGCCCAUGGGCGUGGUCUACGAAAAGGGCGAAGGAUUGAGAUUGCAGGUUUCCGGCAAGACCAUGGCGCUGCCGGAGUGGGACAAUCCACAUGUCAAGCAUCAAGAGCCCGUCUUCAAUAAAGGCAUGCAUCGCUUGCAUCUGGGAGGCGAGUUCGCUGGAGAGAGCUAUCUACUGGUGCCGAAGCUGUGAAAACGACGAAGGUAUCGAGUUAACUUAGUUAGAGAAAAGUGACUGGUUCCGGUCAG